GAUAGUAUUGACGUUGGUUUUACACUUAAACUUGUCCAAAAAGCAGCGUUAAAAGGAGUAGAUGAAGAUGAAUCUUCUACCGAGUAUUAUGAUUCGGAGUAUGAUGAAGAAGAAAUGUACACUAGUGAUGAAUAUGACGAUGAGUAUACGGAGGAUGAUGAAGAAGAAUUAAACGAAACAUCAGAAGAUUUGUGUACAGAAAAUAUUUCAACCGAACCAUUAGAAUCAGCAAUUGAUAGCAUUUCAUCAAUUUCAAUUCCACCAAUAAUAAUUGCAUCAACGCAAGAAGAAGAUGAUAUUGAAAUUGAUGAAAUAUGUGACGAAAUAUUCGACGAUACGCUGUUAGUACCGGUGGAAAUCUUAACAAAUGUAGAAGAAAUCGAAAUGGAAGAAAAUGAUGUACCGAAAAAAUUUCGUGAAAUAACUUAUACGGAUGAAAUUUAUUUGCAACAAAAUGCUGAAGAAGCACUAAAACUUACU